AUGGAUCCUGAAUUUAAUCCUGAGGAAUUUUAUCACUUGCUGGAAGCAGCUGAGGACCAUGCCAAAGAGGGACAUCUGGUAAAGACAGAUAUUCCUCGUUACAUCAUAAGCCAGUUGGGACUGACUCGAGACCCAUUUCCAGAUGUGCUGUAUGUGGAGGAGCACGAUAGUGGAGGAUCCAACACACCUGAGACAGAAGAGUUCGCCGAGAGUCGUGGGACUACUCCAAAGCCAAAGAAGCCACCAGGAGAAGGAGACUUUGAAACUAUUAAACUUAUAAGCAAUGGGGCCUAUGGAGCUGUGUAUUUGGUGCGACAUAAAGAGACCCGCCAGCGUUUUGCUAUGAAGAAGAUUAAUAAGCAGAACCUCAUCCUGCGCAAUCAGAUCCAACAAGCCUUUGUAGAACGUGACAUUUUGACUUUUGCAGAGAACCCCUUUGUGGUCAGCAUGUUCUGCUCUUUUGAAACUAAGCGAUACCUGUGCAUGGUCAUGGAGUAUGUUGAAGGUGGGGAUUGUGCAACAUUGUUGAAGAAUAUUGGGGCUCUGCCUGUAGAAAUGGCCCGCAUGUACUUUGCUGAGACUGUCUUGGCCCUGGAGUACCUGCACAACUAUGGCAUCGUCCAUCGUGACCUCAAGCCUGACAACCUACUUAUCACUUCCAUGGGACAUAUCAAGUUGACAGACUUUGGUCUUUCCAAGAUGGGGCUGAUGAGCCUUACCACAAACCUGUAUGAAGGUCAUAUUGAGAAGGAUGCCAGGGAGUUUCUAGAUAAGCAGGUGUGUGGAACCCCCGAAUACAUUGCCCCUGAGGUGAUCCUUCGCCAAGGUUACGGGAAGCCAGUGGAUUGGUGGGCCAUGGGCAUCAUCCUCUAUGAAUUCCUGGUGGGCUGUGUACCAUUCUUCGGAGACACUCCCGAAGAGCUCUUUGGCCAGGUCAUCACUGAUGACAUCUUGUGGCCAGAAGGAGAGGAGGCGCUCCCCUCAGAUGCUCAGCAUCUGAUCUCUUGCCUCCUGCAAACCAAUCCUCUUCUCCGCCUGGGAGCAGGUGGUGCCUAUGAAGUGAAACAGCAUGCAUUUUUCAAAGAACUAGAUUGGAAUGGGCUUCUGAGGCAGAAAGCAGAGUUCAUCCCUCAUCUGGAAUCUGAGGAAGACACCAGCUAUUUUGACACCCGCUCUGAUCGUUACCAUCACAUUAAUUCCUAUGAUGACGAAGAUACGACUGAAGAUGAACCAGUGGAGAUUCGCCAGUUUUCAUCUUGUUCUCCCAGAUUCAGCAAGGUGUACAGCAGUAUGGAGCACCUCUCCCAGCAUGAGCAAAAGACUCCAAGUGUCACCAAGCGAGACCAGAGCAACAAGCACAAGGAUGACAGACUUAGCAAACGGGAAAGCCUUGGCAGCUUCACACUUCGGGACAAGAACUGGCGCACCAGCUCUCCAGAAAUGAAGCAACUCUCAGCCUCCGAGUCAUCCUACACUGAGAGUGAUUCGAGUCCCCCACUGGGAGCCCGGCGGCGUUUCUCAGCACUGAUGGACACCAACCGUUUUGCUGUGCCACUGGAAAGUGACAAUGAGAUACCUGGCAAGGGACCACCGAAGGCCCCUGUAGAAAAUGGGUCUGUAGGACCCACCCCUCAGUCUGAAGGCAAGGAGACCAAGGAGGGAGCAGGAGAUGUUGCACAGUGUCCAGCUCCUGUGGAGACUGAGGCAGGCGAUAAAUCAAAAGCGGGUGAGCUACAGCCCCCCAAAGAGCUGGACCCAUCUGCCCCCAGAGCUACCAAUGACUUGGUGCUGCGUCGCGCCCGGCACCAACAGCUCUCAGGGGACACCGCCACGGCUGAGAAGCGCAGCUCCCGCACAGGGGGCAAGGUCAUCAAAUCUGCCUCAGCUACUGCAUUGUCGGUCAUAAUCCCCACAGUGGAGCAGCACAGCAGCUCACCCCUGGCCAGCCCAAUGUCUCCCCGAUCACUCUCCUCUAAUCCUUCAUCCCGAGAUUCCUCCCCAUCCCGAGACUACUCUCCUGCUGUCACCAGCUUGCGCUCACCAAUCACUAUCCAACGGUCAGGCAAGAAAUAUGGCUUCACCCUGCGUGCCAUCCGUGUGUAUCUGGGAGAUAGCGAUGUCUAUAGCGUGGAUCACAUUGUCUGGCAUGUGGAGGAAGGGGGUCCAGCCCAUGAAGCAGGUCUGUGUGCAGGAGACCUCAUUACUCAUGUCAAUGGAGAGCCAGUGCAUGGUCUGGUGCACACUGAGGUGGUGGAACUCAUCCUGAAGAGUGGAAACAAGGUGAUGGUGACUACUACGCCCUUUGAGAACACCUCCAUCCGGAUUGGACCAGCCCGCAAGAGCAGUUACAAGUCCAAAAUGGCUAGAAGAAACAAGAGGAGCACCAGCAAAGAAGGGCAGGAGAGUAAGAAGCGCAGCUCCUUGUUCCGCAAAAUCACCAAACAGUCAAAUUUGCUGCACACCAGCCGUAGCUUAUCCUCCUUGAAUCGCUCCUUAUCCUCCAGUGAUAGUUUGCCUGGCUCACCCACCCAUGUGGGUGCCCGUUCACCCACCCAGAGCCUGCGCUCCACUCCUGACUCUGCAUAUCUAGGGGCCUCCUCUCAGAGCAGUUCCCCAGCCUCCAGUACGCCCAAUUCACCAGCCACCACGUCCCACCACAUGCGGCCCAGCACUCUACAUGGCCUGUCUCCCAAACUGCAUCGCCAGUAUCGUUCUGCCCGUUGCAAGUCAGCUGGAAACAUUCCUCUCUCACCACUGGCACAUACGCCCUCACCUACACAGUCCUCACCACCGCCACUUCCCGGCCAUACCGUGGGCAGCUCCAACACCACCCAGAGCUUUCCUGCAAAGCUUCAUUCUUCACCCCCAGUGGUACGGCCACGCCCCAAGAGCGCAGAGCCCCCUCGUUCGCCACUUUUGAAGCGGGUGCAAUCAGCAGAAAAGCUAGGCUCUCUCCUAAGCGCAGAGAAGAAGGUGGUAGUGAGAAAACAUAGCCUGGAGGUGGUGCACUCUGAAUACCGCAAAGACUUCUAUGGGGAGCCUGGCCUUCACAGCCUAGCGGAGUCAGAUGGGGAGAGCCCCAGUGAAUCUGGCACUCCAAAGCCCUUGGCCACCCGGCGCCUGGGCCGGCAGGAAUCCCCCCUUAGUUUUGGGGUCGGAGAUGGAGAGGCAGCUUCGGAGACCAAAGCAAGGGGAUCAGAUGCGAUUCCUGCGGAUUGCAGGAGGAACCAAGCUGUGCAGACCGAGGAGGCUUUUGCAGCAGCAAACCGAGCCCUGACAAAAGCCCUGAGCCCUGUUCAAGAGCACGAACAAGGCAGAAAAGGCAGCCUGGAGGCAGAUGUGAUUCCGCGGGGCCCUGUCCCAAUUGUGAUGGAACCGAAAGAGACCCAAGAACCUGGCUCUCCAGGAAAGGCCACUCUUCAGCCUGUCCAAGACAAGACUGGCUCGCCCAAGGAGAAGUGGAUCUUGGAGGUUGUAGAAGAGCACACCACAUUGGGAACCUGUGUAAAAACCGCCAGUUGUCUCUGCCCAGAGGAAACCAAGAACGGACUGAAGCGAAGCUCAGCUGAAGCAAAGGGAAAACGGGGGAAAGAAGAGCUACCUGUCUUGGCAUCAGGGAACAAGUGUGCAGGAGAUACGCCCCGGCCCCCUGCUCCUACUCUGGAGAAGAAAGGGGCUGCUCACUGAACCAGAGAAGAGUUGAUUUUCUCACCCUCCUGGCCCCCAGAACCCAUACUAGUAGAACACCAGUGUCGUAUUUGCCUUCUGGCCUUCAUGGUGAUGGGAGCAGUAAGGUAGCAAAGCUCCAUUCCCAACAGAGCUGGAAGGGGACGCUCCUUAAGCUCUCUGUGAAUGCGAAGGGCAGAGGCAACAGUGCCUCCCCCUCAGCCAUCCCUUUGUGAAUGGCAAGUCUGCUCUUAAGCCUUGUAAAGUACCUAUACAUAUCUCUCUCUCUAUAUAUAUAUAUAUAUUAUAUUUAUAUACAUAUAAAUACAAAUAUAUAUAUAAAUAUAUAUAUACAAGUAAAACUAUACAUGAAAUGGUUAAUACUGUGAUCACUCCCUUCCCCAACCUCACACCCAUUGUAUUGUGCUUCGGGCUAUUUCUUGAAAUCUGUAUAAUAAAAAAUAAUAAUAAUUGAUGUUUAGGAAAAACAAUUAGAAUGGGAAAACAGAACACCAAGCAAUGUUUGAAUGUAGCAAAUUUUGCUCCUUCACAAAGUUCAAAAAAUCCAGUGAAAAUUCUUGUGGCAUAAUCUGAAUCUCUGCACACAAAGGGAAAGCUCCAAUGUCACGCACAUUUGUCACGGAAUGAUUGGCACUGGGGCAGGGGAGUUGACAGGACAGCUCUUGGGACAUUGUCAGAGUAGCAUUAAAGGAACUGCAAGUAAGCAGCUCCAAUAUUCAUGUCCACAGUUCUCCCACCUGGAUAACGGCUGGUUCUUGAUUCUAUUUUGUUUUCCUAAUUUCAAUGAUAAAUUAUUGGAUUUUAUAUGUUUUUCACAUGUGAGCAAUUUAAAUAACAAAUGACUUAUCAGGUGAAGUAAGUAGGUCAGCCUUUAGUUGUGGGGUUGUAAAUCUGUUUCAUCCCAAAGAGGAGCUGAUUUUUUUUUUUUUAAAUGUGUUAUCUGAGUGGGACAAAAAGCUUGUCUCAAGCUUUUGAAAAGGCAGAGACUGCCUGUCAUGAAGACAUGGUAAGUUAGUCUGCUGAAGCAGUGGAUUUGUAGAAUCAAAAAUAUUAAUGGAGAACACUUCUGAUCUAAGGGCAUGAUAUUUGGGAAGUUUUACUAUGCAAGUUCAAUGGAAAUGGGAUUUGCUCUGGAUAAUUCUUCAGCAGGGGUGUAUUGCGGAAGGGAGAUGCCAUUAGGGUGCUUCAUACUAGGUAUCCAAAAUAUCUCUGAUUGUCUUUUUGCAGUGUAAUGGAUAAAACCUCAACCUGCCCCUAGUGUUGUUUGGAAGAGUAAUCGUAUUUUCAUAUUAAUAUCCUUGCCUCUAAUGGCAGGCACAACAUCCCAAACUACUAAUUCAUUGUGGACAGGCUUUGCUCUUCUCUCGCAUAGCCCUUAAUGAGCUCACUUAGUUUCACUCCCAGUCUGAUAGACCCAUUAUGCAAGUGGAUUCUCAGACUGAUUUGGGGCUUCUGAUAAAAGCCUUAACAGACAAUGACUGGAGAGGAUGCUGCAAUCUGGAAGUGCGUAUGGAGUUCAGUUCAAAGUGCGGGAAUAGGUCUCAAAAUCCUGUUUCAACUUCCCUCUCCCUGUUCUUUUGAAAAGGCUGAAAUAGCUGACACUGGAAACCUGGUUGGCUUCCCAGGACUAUCAGGAAUAGGAAGAAAAUGGGCAUAGCCUAUGAAUUGGCAUAUAGGACAGAUAAGCCUCUUUGUGUCCCUUUAGGAUACAGAACUACUGUGGCACUGCUAAAGGGACAGAGGCAAGCACUAGAAGCUUCAUGUGCACUGCUAGGUUGCAAUAAAGGGAUCCUGUAAAAUUAAGGUAGCUGCUUGACCACAUUGGUCAAAAUGCAUGACGUUGCCAUCCUGCCCACUCAUGAAUUUAUGUCAUUGGUAUUUGGGCAAAGAUGUCAUUAUGCAUGAUGGUGCUGUAAAUUAGCAAUGUCAUGUUUAAGUGUACAGCUAUGAUCUCAAAUCAGGUUGCAGUUAAUAUAUUGUUUAUCCAGAAGCAUUUUGCAGAUACCAGUUCUGAUGGAAUAGAGUCCAGUGAAUGAGAAAAAGAGCCUGCUUCUCUUGGCCUUCUCUGUUCAUCCUGAGAUUUGGUUGCUUUCCCUUGAAAAAGAAGUUCAACUCUCAAAUUUAGCAACCCAGAUUUGGCACCAUAUCAUUAGGAAUAUAUCAAAGUGGUUUUAAAAAGUGCUGCACAGAUGCAAUUACUGCCUGGUGUAGCUGCUGGUCUCCCUUCCCCCCAAUGCUUUCCCUCUCCACCUGGAAGGAGAGGUAUUCUCUAUGCAAAUAUUAGCUAAAUUAUGAUACAAGACUGUUUUCCUCUCCCCUUUUGACUCCCCUCAGUUCCAAUCCUAUUAACCUAUUAAUCUCUUCAUUCACGCUCCUCCAUUUAUCCUGAUAGCACAAUUCUGUAUGAGUCCCUGAGAGCCCUUGCACCCUCCAUGCUCUUCAGUCAUUUCGCUAAGCCAAAUGCAGCCCCACAGAGCUGCCUUGCCUGCCUGGAGCUACACAGCCUGGCACACUUGGCAAGGUUCAUGGCAGAUUUCAUUUGGCCCUAAAUAUCACAACUGGCCCACAAAACUCCUCUCCCAGAUGUAUGAGAGCUGGCCCAGUACUUAGACACCAGGUUUACUCCAAGCAAGUCUGCAAUGUAGUGUACUAUAUAGAUGCUGAAAAGAAGUGGUGCAGAACUCCUAAAUUUGGGGGAAGGGAGUCAGGAGGCAAAUAUGUCGGUGGGGAAAGCAUUUUAUUUGCAAAGUUCAUUUUCCUCCCAAAUGCAGAGUUAAGGAACUCUUCCUUAUAAGGGAGCAAAGCAACUAGAAAGACAGGAGGAAACCUGUAUGUGUAUGAAUGUUCUCCCUCUCCGAUGUAACGCAUGAGUGCUCAAUGAAAGACUCUGGCUGUACUGUCUGUACUGUGAAUAAAGGCAUAUGCCCUAUCUCCCACCCCAAGGAGCUAGGAAGCUCUACCUGCGAAGUAUUUCUCUUGGACCAUCAAACUUGUCUCUUGGCUUACGCGGGCAGAAGCAUUGUCAUGUUAAUAAACCAACCUGUACAGCA